AUGGAAAUGGGUCCUGGAAUUCCACGUAUGUGCCCGUGUGGAGCAUUGACAGUUCUUUUAACAUCUAAAACAAAGGAAAAUCCUGGUCGUAGAUUCUAUAGAUGCGGGGUUGUUUUUGGUGAAAACCAUUUGUUUAAGUGGGCUGAUGAGGCGUUUGUGGAGGAGCUUGAAGUCUUGGCAGCAAAACAAACGGAGAUGGAGAAUGGGAUGGUAGAAAUCAAGGAACAACUUCUUGACUUUAAGAAAGACUUAACCGAGAUUAUCGAAGUGGUGGCGGCCUUCUCUAAGCAUCUGAGAAAGUAG